AUGCGUCGUAACAUAACGUGCAAAUUCACCACAAGGAAAGAGAAGAGAGAUAAUCUGAAAAGAACGAACUACGUGAAAACCCUAGAAGAACGUUUGAAGAAGACUGAAUCUUUACUCCGCGCUGCAGGUCUUCUAGACGACGACGAUAUUACUCAACUUGAUUCCGGUGGUGAAGAUGGUAACGACAACUCUGAGGACGAAACUGAUAUUGAUCCUACACAAAACGAACAUUAUGGUUCGAUGAGCCGUGAUUCCGGGAUGCCGGCAUCGACAGACUCAAUACAUGUUGCAAACGAAGAGUCGAACGUCACGUCUCUAUCGACUAAAUCUGCCGGACAGAGCCAGAAACUACCUUGGGAUAGCACCCUGCAUCAGCCACCCCUCUUCCGCUAUGACCCUAGAGAAGACUCUCGAUAUUACGGACGAUCUUCAUUCCUGUCCAUUUUAUCUCGAGAUGGAAUUGAGUGGAUCAAGAGCAAGACAGGAGAGUCUAGGUUUCUUACUCUACUACACGAGAACAAGGACCACGACAACCCUUGGGAUCACUGGCGGCCAGAUGUAUUCCAUGACGUGUUCUCGUCCACAGUCUUUAAGCCCUUACCUCCGAGAGCAGAAGUAUUUUCCUUAUUGAAGGAUUAUUUUCGCACAGUGAACCGGUUAUUCCCACUGUACCAUGAGGCGACAUUUAUGCAGUUGGUUGAAUGGCAGUAUACGCAACAGACGUGUGAUGAUGCUGCCCGUUGGGCCAGCAUCAAUAUUAUUCUCUCUUUAGCUUACGAAUAUCGAUUUUCCAACUGUCAGAAGUCAGAAAAAGAUAGGGAGAAAGCCUGGCUGUACUACAAGAAUGCUAUGUCAGUAUUUCCGGAGCUGACAUUACGGAGGACCGAUAUUCUGAGCGUGCAGGCCCUUAUUGGCAUGGCUUUAUUUCUCCGAGGAAAUUCGGGUACUCAGUCAGCAUCACCUAUCAUAACAGCAGCCAUACGAUCAUGCCAACGAAUGGGGCUUCAUCGUGACGUUCCCAGACCCCAUCUUUCCCAGGCCGAGCAAGAACAGAGGAAGAGGGUAUUCUGGGUUGCCUAUAUCCUUGAUCAGAGCGCAUGCAUACGGACGGGGAGUUCGCCCACCCAGCAUCCAGACGAUCUUGAUAUCGGUUUUCCCGAGGUGGAUAAUGAUGAUGAGUUUACAAUGAACGGCAAUGCUUCUUUUUUCCGCCAGCUUUGCCAUUUGACGCUCAUAAGAAGCCGGGUAUAUAGUAAACUUUAUGCUGUUAAGGCUCUGCAGAAAAUGUCUCCCAGAGAGAUCUACGAUAUUGUCCGGGAGCUCCGAGAGGAACUUGAAGAAUGGCAUAAUGCAAGCCCUUUCACCCAACAACUGAAGCCGAGAGGAGCCAGUCAGGAUUUCCUGGUUGGAUUUGCUACUGCUGGUUUGCAGUUUGGCUAUUAUAAUUCUAUGAUCAUGAUCCACCGUCUGCCCUUGACUAUUCAUUUUGCCUAUAUGCGACAUUCUACAAUUGACGUCAAGUGGGACGUUGAUCACAAAACCAUCUUCAACGAGUCGACUAAGGCGAGCUCAAUCUGCGUUCAGGCUGCCCGGGACACACUGAAGCUUGUGAAUAACCUUCCCUGGGGGGACAUAGCAUGGAUCUGGUCUCUGUUGUAUUAUAUUUUCCUGGCAGUUACCAUACUAUUCACUUAUAUCCUACGUGACAGUCAGCACCCCAAGGCAAGGGAAGAUUUGCAGCAUCUAAGCAUGGCAGCAACCUUCUUCACAACGCUCAUACCCGGCGACGGGCCCUGCAACUACGCCAAGUUUAUGACUAAGAUGUGUGCCAACUUUGAGCGAGUAGCCCGGGCAGUCGUUGAGCGAGAACAGAAGACAUUCAAAUCAAGCGAUAGACAUCCCCAGCCCGUGACACCAUCCGUCACCACCCAGGGACAGAAUGAAAGGAGCUCCCCGUCCAAGGAGCAAGCAUCCCAUUCGUCUUGUACCGGCAAUGUUGACAUUCCCCAAAUCGAAGGCCUCCCACGUAUAAACUCGUCAGGCUAUGUUGUUCCUGAAAGCCCUAGCGCUGCCUCAGAAGACGCCCCCUCUGGGGACCUACCCGCUGUGAGCGAUCCGCUCCUAGGCGGGUUCUCAGUGAGCCAGCCACAUGAAAGCACAAGUGCAAGCAUCCAGCAGAGCUACCAGUAUCCAAUGGAUGACACUUUUCCGGCCCCUAUGGCCCACAACAUACAACAGCCAGAAUUGUGGCAAAUUCCAAUGACGGCUGACUGGGAGUUUGGCGGUCAGUUUCUGAGUCUUUUCGGUCCACAAUUCUUAGAUCAAGGGGGUAGCGAUGUCAUGUCGGCAAUGGCCGGGAUGACAGCACCACCAAUGCCUUCGGCGCCAAUGAAUAUGGGGUUCAACUGCGAGGAUUCUGAUAAUGUGGACGACUAUCCUGCGUGGAUGCCCCGAGGAUUUAUGAACCUCUUCUAA